AUGUCGCAGAUCCCCCCGGUCUUAGCUCAAUCUCCAACCGAUGCACAUCCGCGUGAGGACCGCGGUUCGCUGGAGCGGAAGAGACGCCAUACAGGCGACGAGAACCUUCCUGACAUGGAGCGGCGUGGAUCCGUGCGCUCUCGGCCUUCUUCCUGGCACCCGUCUGCUCCUGUUGAACCGCCGCUGAGCUCUUCGCAGCAUCGCUCGAUUGGUGUCAGUUCGAUCCUGAAUCAUCCACCAGCGGAUGGGCUAGUGACUCGAACUGGCUCUGUAGACAGUGGUCGCGAGGGGCUUGGAGGGGAUCAAUACCAGCAACAACGACUGUCGUCGGACUCGCCGUCUCACUCUCGGUACCCCUCUUCGUCAACAGUGCAUCUACCUUCUCCUUCAAUGCACCCCGCAAACCCUCCUUCAGCAUUGUCACCUGGGAUGAGGACGCGCCAUCAGAGUAUCGCUCCUGUCUCGCCGUCCUCACACUUUGUGGGUGCAACAGGUUAUUUCCCUCCAAAACCCGGGCCAGGCCAAUCCCCUCUCGCUCAGCAAUUGCCAGGCCUUCAGACGGUGGCUCCGAGUUUACCUUUAUCGAUUGACACCGCACCAGGGCAGCUUCUACCUGGGUCAGUUCACCACCACCAGGUUUCGGUACACUCGGCUUCAACAUUCAUUGGCCACCGCGCAAGUACGAACCAAACACCUACACCUAGCUCGAAGGAAACCAGUCCGACGACACCAGUGUCCGUCUUCAGUCAGCUAGGUCGAUCGUCGCCUGCUAUCGCUGCAGCAUCUGCGCCUCAGUCGACACCGUUGUAUCCCCAAUACGCCCAAUUAGAUCCCAUUACUCGAUUGCCAAUCAUGGAUUGCCCAUGGCGCUCAGGAGAGGAGACAUCAGGCUUAAGCGGGCCUCAGCCGGAGACGCUUCCACGGAGGAAUAUACCCUGCUUUAAAGACGAGAAGUCGGGUUCUUCAAUUCAAGCAGAAAAGCGGAAAGCAAACAGUGACGCCUCGCGGAGGUUUCGCAACAGGAAACGGAACGAGAUGCAGAUGGAGCAGAAGAUUACCUCACAGCAAGAUGAGAUUCGCAAACAGGCGGAGACCAUCCAGAAGCAGGAUGAAGAGCUUCACGUGCUGAGAAAACAGCGGGAUUUCUAUCGCGGUGAACGAGACUUCUAUCGUGAACAGGUAAAUCGCUUUGUUCCAGCUGACCAACUCCCUGCGCGAGGUACCUCACCCGAGCCCUUAUGGCUGAAGUCUGACCCAACAACAUCGGGCAAGGAGUCGUCCUCGUGGGCAAGCCCUGACAUUCCCGUGAAGCUUGAGGGCCCGCCAUCCGGAUCUACAACCCACCAAAAUACAUCCGGACUUCAUGCGCCCGCAUCAAAUGUAUCUUCGAUCUCAGCCUCGAGGGCUGAAGGGAGUUGGUCCGCCAUCCCUACUUCAUCCGCAUACCCAAUAAAGGCCGAACGAGUGACGCCAGACGAGCGCCAAGCCAGACCAAUGCCGCCGACUCCGAGCUCAUGGAGUCGCACUACUUGA